AUGGCCUACUCUCCCGAAGUCAGCAAGCUCAUAGCCGAGGGCUCCAAGCUCUAUGCGGUCAAGGAAUAUGACCUUGCCUCUAGUAAAUACGCAGAUGCGUGUGAAUUAUUCAAUAAGGAAAACUCCAGUGAUGACGGGGACUUAUUAUUAUUAUACGGGAAAUCAUUAUUUCAAAGUGCAGUUCUGAAAUCUGAAGUCUUUGGUGGGAAGCCUGAGGAGUCCGAGAGUAAGAAGGAGGAGGAGGAUAAGGAAAAGGAGGAUAAGGAUGAUAAAUUUCAAUUCCAUGAGAAUGCGUUGGCCGAAGAAGAUGAUGACGCCGUACCUGUUGCUGAAGAGGAGGACAGUGAAGAAGGUGAGGAGGAGGGUGAAGAGGAAAGCAAAGAUGAAAGCAAAGACGAAGAAGAAGAACAAAGUGAUUUUGAAAUUGCUUGGGAAAUUCUUGAUCUUACUAGAUCAAUCUUUGAAUCGAAAAUUGAAGAUUUAAAAGAAUUGGAAUCAAAAAUUAGUCCUCCUUACUUAUCAAAUGAUCGUGAAGAAACAACUAAUGAAUACCUUAUAACUUUGAAGAAAUUAUCAGAAACAUACGAUAUUUUAGGUGAAGUUUCUUUAGAAUCAGAAAAUUUUAGUCAAUCAGCAAUUGAUUUAGAAAAUUGUUUAAAUUUAAGAUUAAAAUUAUACAAUCCUAAAAAUUCUUCGCUUAUUUCAGAAUCUCACUACAAAUUAUCUCUUGCAUUGGAAUUUUGCGUUGAAGAUCCCGAUUCAAGAUCUAAAGCUGCUAAUCAAAUGAAAUUAGCAAUUGAUUCAGUCAAGUUAAGAAAUGAAAAUGAAUCCGAUCCUAAAAAGAAACAGGAUAAUGAAGAUUUGGUAAAAGAUUUACUAGUGAGAUACAAGGAAUUAGAAAAAGAUCCCGCUGAAGAAUUAAAACUUCAACAAAUGGAUAUCAUCAAAGGUAUCUUGGGUGAAGCUACCUCUUCCGACUCCAACCAACCUAAACCUUCCUCUUCUACUCCUGCUGUCAAUGACUUAACCUCAGUUGUUAAAAAGAGAAAACCUACUAAAUCCUCCGGUAAUGACUUUAAAAAACAAAAGAAGUAA